AUGUUAUCUGCUUGUUCGAGGGUAAAUCUCAAGAGGACUCUGGCGACCCACGCUAAAUUUCCUUCAGUUCCAUCUGAAUUCAAAUCAAAGGUACCACCUUAUUCGAAACUUUUAGACAACUUGGGUCAAGUUAAAAAGAUUACCAACGAUGCACCAUUGACCUUAGCUGAAAAGAUUCUCUACUCGCAUUUAUGUGAUCCACAGGAAUCCAUUGUCUCCUCCAAUUUGCAAGAUAUCCGCGGUUUGCAAUACUUAAAAUUGAACCCUGACCGUGUUGCCAUGCAAGAUGCUUCAGCCCAAAUGGCAUUAUUACAAUUCAUGACGACUGGUCUUUCACAGACUGCAGUUCCUGCAUCUAUCCACUGUGAUCAUUUAAUCGUCGGUAAGAAAGGUGAAGCCGAGGAUUUGGUGACAGCCAUGUCUACAAACAAAGAAGUGUUUGAUUUCUUACAGAGCUGUGGUGAGAAAUAUGGUAUUCAAUUUUGGGGGCCAGGUUCAGGUAUUAUUCAUCAAAUUGUUCUUGAAAACUUCUCAGCUCCAGGUCUGAUGAUGUUAGGUACAGAUUCACAUACACCAAAUGCAGGUGGUCUUGGUGCAAUUGCCAUUGGUGUGGGUGGUGCCGAUGCCGUUGACGCGUUGACUGGUACUCCAUGGGAGUUGAAAGCUCCUAAAAUUCUUGGUGUUAAAUUAACAGGUCAUCUCAGCGGUUGGGCCUCGCCAAAGGAUGUAAUUACUAAAUUGGCAGGUGUCCUUACCGUGAGAGGUGGUACUGGUUACAUCAUUGAAUAUUUUGGUGAAGGUGUAUCAUCUCUAUCGUGUACAGGUAUGGCUACUAUCUGUAACAUGGGAGCAGAGAUUGGUGCAACAACGUCUACUUUCCCCUACCAAGAAGCUCACAGACUAUAUUUACAGGCCACUGGUAGAUCGGUUUUGGCAGAUCAAGCUGACAUUGCAUUAAACGAAUUCGGUUUCCUAAGAGCCGAUGAAGGAGCUCAAUACGAUAAAGUUGUGGAAAUUAACUUAUCCGAAUUGGAGCCUCAUGUUAAUGGUCCAUUCACGCCCGAUUUAUCAACACCUAUUUCAGAAUUUGGUGAAAGAACUUUGAAAGAAGAUUGGCCUCAAAAGAUUUCCGCCGGUUUGAUUGGAUCUUGUACGAACUCUUCCUACCAAGAUAUGACUCGUGCCGCCGAUCUAGUCAGACAAGCAUCACAAGCAGGUUUGAAGCCACGUAUCCCAUUCUUUGUUACACCUGGUUCAGAACAGAUCAGAGCAACUUUGGAAAGAGAUGGGCUGAUUAAGACUUUUACCGAUAACGGUGCUACGGUUUUGGCUAACGCUUGUGGUCCAUGUAUCGGUCAAUGGGAUAGACAAGAUGUUCCAAAGACCUCAAAGGAAACAAAUUCUAUCUUCAGUUCCUUCAACAGAAACUUCAGAGCUAGAAAUGAUGGUAACAGAAACACUAUGAACUUUUUAACUUCGCCUGAAAUUGUUACCGCUAUGAUUUACUCAAGUAAUGCUCAGUUUAACCCUGUUACUGAUUCAAUCAAACUGGAUAAUGGUAAGACUUUCAAAUUCAAUCCCCCAGUUGGGCAAGAUCUACCUAGAGCUGGCUUUGAACAGGGUAGAACCGAAUUUUAUCCAGCUGCUGAUCCUAAACCACAACCGGACGUUAAAGUGGAAGUUUCUCCAGAAUCGGAUCGUCUGCAACUUUUGGAACCAUUUAAACCUUGGAAUGGUAAGGAAUUGAAGACUAACGUUUUGCUCAAAGUGGAAGGUAAAUGUACUACCGAUCACAUCUCAGCAGCUGGUGUUUGGUUAAAAUACAAGGGUCACUUGGAAAAUAUUUCUUAUAACACUCUGAUUGGUGCUCAAAAUAAGGAAACUGGUGAAGUCAAUAAGGCUUAUGAUGCAGAUGGCAGCGCUUACGAUAUCCCAGGCUUAAUGAUGAAAUGGAAGGAUCAAGGAAAACCAUGGACUGUGGUUGCUGAACAUAAUUACGGUGAAGGUUCCGCUAGAGAGCACGCAGCAUUAUCACCAAGAUUCUUGGGCGGUGAAAUAAUUUUGGUUAAAUCUUUUGCAAGAAUUCACGAAACAAAUUUGAAAAAACAGGGUAUGUUGCCUCUAACUUUUGCCAACGAACAAGAUUACGACAAGAUUAGCUCUGGUGAUAUUCUGGAAACUGUUAACUUGGUAGAUAUGGUUGCUAAAAAGGGUGAUAAUGGCGGAGAAUUAGAUGUCAAGGUAACAAAGCCUUCUGGUGAAUCUUUCAUCAUCAAAGCCAAGCACAAUAUGUCUAAGGACCAGAUAGAAUUCUUUAAGGCAGGAUCCGCUAUCAAUUACAUUGGUAACAUUAGCAGAAAUCAACAAUGA